UUGAGGUUUCUCUUGCCUUUUCUGGCACGUGCGUGCUGUCAAACAAAAAAAAAAAACCAGUGGAAAACGCAAUGACUUCAGCGCGGCCUCUGCUUCCGUUCGAUGCAGCCAGCCACGCACAAGCGAGUCAAUCGUAUUUUAGCACAUGGCUGCGAUGGACUCUACCGCGACGCAUCCACUUUGGUCGGCGUGGCAGGGUUGCUGUGAUCGUCCUCAUUUUCCUCCUUUCGCUCUACCUCCUUGUGCCCAAGGCUCCAGAGUGGCAGGUUGCUGACCAUGGCAGCGGCACGAUGGGAGGGAAUGCAACAAGCCUUUCUGCUGAUGAGUUUGAAGGGCGCCGCGCCCCGCAGCUUGUGCCCAACGCACACCCGCGACGCGCGCCUCCUGGUGUCCUGAACAAUACGUUGCCUCGCCAGGAUCCAGCAGUCGAUGUCGAUCUGGAGGAACCGGUCGCCGCAGCAAAGCCCGAUGUCGCCAAUCCAUCGAACCACCACACGGCUGUCAAUCCCAAUCCGGCAGUCUCGGUUGUUGCUCCCGUCGUUGCUCCCGUCGUUGGUCCAGUCCCAGCCCAAGUCCCCCCGAAAAAUGGCGACGUUGAUGCAGCGCAAUCGGGUGACCAGGCAGGGAAGCGCCUCACACCCGAUUCUCAGCGUGUGGGGUCAAACCCAGAUCGGGACACGGUUGUCAAGGAUACGUUGCGAGUUGUCAAGUCGGAAAUGUCAGAAAAAUCGUUGGAAGACAAUGUCAAGCUCGAAGAAGUGCCUGCGAUCUUGGUUGAGGAAUACAGCGCAAACACGAUGCCUGAAUCCGAGUCCGAGUCCGAAUCCGAAUCCGUGCUUCCGUUGCCCUCGAUUGCAACUUUGCUUGCUUCGGUCGAAACGUGGCAUGCUUCCGCUCCGUGGUUGCAAGAUGUCAACCAGACGCUUCCCGAGUGGCUCGAGUCCAGCCGCUCGGUUCGGUCCUCGGCAGACGACGACCAGGUUGUCGAAUCGAUGAAGCCGCUCUUCUGGAAGGAGCCAAUCGCCUCACCGCCAGGACCUCGCGAUGCCACAUCCUUGCCAAGGACCUGCCCGCCGUGGGAGUCGUUCCAUUCCAAGCAACAACGCACCCAUGUCUUGCUGUUCGGCCCAGUCAGCGUCAGUUGGAUUGACGGCUCGAGCGCGUGGCUGGUCUCUCUCGCUACCGUGCUCCUGAUGCCACCGAAUUGCGACGUCCAUGUCGACAUUCUCCUGACCAACCCGCUGGUCACGACCAAGGCGAUGCGAGAAGCCCAAGCAGUCAACCAGACUGUGGGCGAAGGCUCGUACGUCGACACGACACCCCUUCAGCCAUACACGCACUUGAACUCGCUCAUUGACAAUUCUCCUGUCGCUACCACGCUGCAGCCUCUCCUCAAACAGGGGCGCAUUCGCCUGAUGGACGCCUGGAACCCUGCGCACAUGGGUGGUCAAACAAUGGCUGCAAAAGUACCACGGCUGACACCUGCGCGAGCGAUGCAGGUCAUCCGCGCUCUUGACGCUCGCGAAGAGUACAAUCUCAUCCUCGUCCGCGGCCUGGACGUUGGGCAGCUGCUGGCACGAGAGCCCAACAUGGCGCGCCGCACAUCUGUCGUCUUUGUGAGCGACAUCAAAGAAGAGCAGGUUGCGCAACUCCGCGAAAUUGUCCAGUCGCCUGCCCGUUUGGUUUUCUCGACUCCGCACAUGCGGGAAUUCUCAGAGGAGAAUUAUGGUGUUCCUCAUGGCUCUGUUGUCAUCCCACCGAUGGUCCCCGAUCCUAGCGUCGCCAUGACCUCGCGCGCCGACCUGCAGUCAACCGACAGGCCGUUGAAGUUUUGCUAUUCUGGCAAGGCAGACUCGCUGUACAUGUCGCUCGAGCUGGUCGCAGGCUUUCAAGAGUUUUUGCGUCAAAAUCCGACCACCAAGGUCUCAAUGCUCCUGAUGGUGAGCAAGGUGAAGGGCGACGCCGCAUUCCAACAGCAGCUCUCCGACCGCAUGGAUGCUGCCGCUCCACACAUUGAGGUCAGGUCGGGACUUGUCCGAACCGAAGUUGCGCGCAUUUUGCGAACAGAGUGCGAUGUCGGCCUUCGUUGGAUGCGGCACGACUCUGGCCACGAGCUGUCCACCAAGCUGAUCGAGUACGCAGCCAACGGUCUCCCUGUGCUUGUGAAUCGCUCGCCGGCUACCGAGAGCUUCUUGGGAGUCGACUACCCGUUCUUCCUGACCGUCGAUGGCGGCCCGGUUUUGACUGACCCGCUUCCCGAGGGACAAGUCGAGUUUAGCGAGAUUGAUGUUCAAACCUUGUCUGUCGCAAUGGGACAAAUGGUUGCGAAUCGCCACCUUCUUGCCGAAAUGUCCGCGCAUGUGCGAAAGCGCGCCGAGCCGUUCUUUUUCUCGUCUGUCGCAACCACCGUUUUCGGCAUGGUCAAUCCUUACCGUUCGCAACUUUCUGCUGCUCUCUCGGCUCCAGAAGCACCAACACUGCUCCACCGGCGCAUUCGCGUUCUUUUUGCAGGGCACGACUUGAAGUUUGCAACCCAAAUCAUUGAGCAGUUUCGCGCGCGCAGCGACGUCGAGGUGGAACUGGACAUGUGGAAAUCACACACCAAACACAACGAAACUCGGAGCAAGGAGCUCGCCGAGUGGGCGGAUGUCGUCUGGUGCGAAUGGGCACUUGGCAAUGCCGUCUGGUAUGCCGACAACUUGGCCCUGCACAAGACUUUGGUUGUUCGUCUUCACCGUCAGGAAUUGGUCACCAAGUUCAUCCCCAUUGUCAACUGGUCCCGCGUCGACCGCUUGAUUGUGAUUACUCCCUGGAUUUACGCCUCUGCAAAGCAGUGGCUGCCUGCCAAUGCCACCGUCCAGGUCGAAUUGGUGUACAACUCCGUCGACACCGAAGGCUUUCUUCGUCCCAAAACCAGCCGCGCUUUGCGGACUCUCGGUCUGCUUGGCUAUGUGCCUCUUAUGAAGCGAGCUGACUUGGCGGUCGAAAUCCUCGUCGAGUUGCGCCAGACUGAUCCGACCUGGACUUUGAUGGUGGCCGGCUCGAGCCCCUACUCGUUCGACUGGCUCAUGAGGCGACCCGAGGAACUCGCCUUCUACACCAACUUGGCCAAGAACAUCACGCAGCUCGGAUUGGAUAAGGCUGUGCAGUAUUCGACCACCCAUGUAUCUGCACCCGAAUGGUUUGAGAAUGUUGGCUACAUUUUGUCAACCUCCGACUACGAGGGCAGUCAUCAGGCUGUUGCAGAGGGCAUGGGGGCUGGAUGUAUUCCCGUUGUGCGCAAUUGGAACGGCUCGGAGCACAUCUACCCGACCGCUCUGCACUUUAAUACACCGAAAGAAGCUGCGCAGCAGAUUCUCCAAAUGGAUGCCAGCUUCAUGGCGGUCAAGGGCGCGAAACGAGCUCGACUGAUUGCGUCCACUGUCACACCCUAUCUUCAAGAAGCGAACAACCGAUUUGCGCUGCAGCAAUGCAUGCAUGCGGCUUUUGGCAUGAUGCUGCCACCCGGCGUCCCGACCGUUGUCGCGUCAGAGACGGAAUGGCAGGCCAACUUUGGUUUGGAGAUGAUCAAGGCCACUCCGAUGCUGCGGCAGCCCAUCGCCCCGCUAAACCCGCUCAAGGUGAACAUUGCAGUGUGGAUGAGCUCUGAGCUCAAGUCGGCUAUCGCAUCGUACAGCCAGGUUGUCCCGCUGACCAAAGCAAGUUGGCGCAAGCUGUUCAAAAAUGUCCAGUUCGACUUGCUGCUGGUUGCUGCGGAUGACUUGGAGGACCCGCUCGAGGCGUUUGGUGCCGACAUCAACGAACUUGUUUUGAUGGCACACGACAUGCACGUGCCGUUCGUGUUUUGGGACGCUCGUGCAUCGGCCGAAUCGCUGCUGCCGACCGUUCAACCCCAUCAAAAGACUCUGGAAAUGGCGAGUGCAGUUUUUGUCACGACCAAGCUCCUUGAAGCCGAGUACGCCACGCUGCUGAAAGCAUCUGAGGUCUCGGUGCACCGAGCGUGGCACCCGAUUCAGCACCUUGUGCACAACCCGACCGGCUCUCGGCGUCCAAAGCUUGGCAAGAGCGUCUUCUUUGGGCCUGAAGCUUCCUUGCAAGGGUAUCCCUCAAGCACGACCGCCUUGCUUGCUCCAGCCGUGGAGCAUGGUCUGGUGAUUUUUGGCGAUGCAACUGCGGUCGUGCCGAAAGAGUUGGUGACGGCGCUGCACCCUCUGCCGUUGCAACAAGAGACGAAUUCUACGUUGCGGCAGUUCCAAACAGGGCUGGUCGUCGGCCAGCAAUCACAUCAGCACCUGAGCCAAGCCGUUCACGCGGUCAUGGCAGGCACCGCCAUCAUUUCUGACUCUGCUUCAGCGGACGAGCUGCGACAAGUCCUUGGUUCGAACGGCUUUGUUGAGGCUGACUCGGCUGAUGCCGUUUCGGAUGCGUUGAAGCGCCUGUCCAGCUCGGUGCAGCGCGAGGCGCUGACUUUGAGCGCCCAGCGGCACAUUCUCGCCUCACGCACAUACCAGCAUUUCCUGGGCGAGAUCUUGCAGGCAGCUUCAGUUUACACUGAGGCACAGUUUGCAACCGCAUCCGCAUCUUUUGGUGUUUCCGUUGUCGCCUGCAUGGAGCACAAUGGUGCGACUGCCGAGCAAGAUUCUUCCUCGCUCCCAUUGGUCCCGUUGGUCGAGGAUGACUUGUUGGACGACAUUCUGGAGUGUCCAUUCCCCGAGCUUGAAGCGCACGUCGAGAGCUAUUUGCGCAUGGAGCAUGCGCAGAAGGAACUGGUCAUCGGAGUGUAUGGCCGCCAAAUCUUCCCACUCUCAGAGCAUGCUCAAGCUCGCGUCGAAGCCACAUUGAAUGGAGAUGCCAGUGUUGCUGCCGACCUCUCGCUUGGGCUGAGAGACCUGUCAGAAAUGGUCGGUGGCACGAUCGAGCGCGUCCCUGUAUGCUCGCCACGACGGUUGUACCGCGCUGGAGCUGUCGAACGCAUUCUCGAGCACCGCUACCCGUCCCUGGCUCGUGUCGUGUUUGAGACUCGCGAUUGGGGUUCUGGGCUGUGCAUGAACCAAGCAGUCGUCGUUUCGGGGAAGCAGCCGUCGCCGAUGCCCCUGAUGCUCUUCCUCGAGUCCCGGCAUUACUAUGGCAGGAACUUUUUGACCGAUCUCGUCCCCAUCUUUGGCUUCACCGACGCCAAGAUUGUGGGCAAGAGCAGCUUCCAUGUUCCUCUUCCGUCCGAUGUCGCUGAAGACCUGAGCGCGAAAGCCAGCCCCGACAGUCCAUUGAGUGCAGGGCUGUUUCACCGCCAACCCGAGGCAGAGAACGAGUUUGUCGAUGUGAUUACUGCGAGUGCAACUGCAAUUGUGCAGCGCGAGCUGUUCCAAAGCCAGUUGUCCUUCUCAAUCACCUCGUCGCGACCGCUGGAUCGAUUGCUGUUGCAAGCCCGCAACCAGCGUAUUGUCAUGUAUUCAGGAAAUCGCCAUGGUUUUGUCCACGUUCCGACAGACCAGUCCGGCUAUGAAGCGACGCAGGAUUCUGCCGCCAUGAAGACGUUUGUCGAUUUGUAGAUGCCUUAGCAGCACGAAUGUUUUGCGCGUCAUUUUUGUAUUACACCUCUUGUAUCUUUAGACCGAAAUGAAAUAAAAUAAUCAGUCUCG